CUCUUUUUCCCGGUCAGUAAAAACCUGAGAGACUACGCCUGAUGGACUCAUCUCCCAAGUCAAGGUGAUUCAGCUGGGAAGAAAAAACAUUUGUAACCUGUACAACCUACACCUCCUCCUCCAGAAAAAUGAGGACUAUCUUACUGGGCGUUGUGUGGCUCUUUCUUGGCCUGUCUCUGGUUGCUUUAUCUCUGAAUGGACGGAGGACAGAAGCAGGAGAUGGGGAGGGAAUGGAAGCAGUGACCAGAGAUGAGAAGCUGCUCAAACGAGUGAGACGAGGCUGGAUGUGGAACCAGUUUUUCCUGCAGGAGGAGUACACAGGCAGUGAGCGCCAGUACAUUGGCAAGCUCCAGUCGGACCAGGACCACGGCAAUGGCUUAGUAAAGUAUGUUCUGUCCGGUGAGGGGGCCGGCACCAUCUUUGUCAUAGAUGAGAAUAAUGGCGACCUGCACGCCACUCGCCGCCUGGAUCGUGAGGAGAAGGCUUUUUAUAUCCUCAGAGCCACCGUGGUCAACAAACGGACAGGUCAAAAGCUGGAGCCAGAGACUGAGUUCACUGUCAAACUCCAUGAUAUCAAUGAUAACGAGCCUCAUUUCAGCAAAGAAGUGUACACCGGGAGUGUACCUGAGAGGUCUGACAUUGGUACGUCAGUCAUCCAGUUGACAGCUACAGAUGCUGAUGACAGUAUGUAUGGGAACAGUGCCAAACUGGUCUACAGCAUCAGCCAGGGACACCCUUAUUUCUCUGUGGACCCAAACACAGGUGUGAUCCGGACAGCCUUGGGUCCUGGUGAUAUGGACCGCGAGCAGAGGGAGCACUACCAGGUGGUAAUCGAAGCUAAAGAUAUGGCUGGACAAAGAGGAGGGCUCACUGGAACCACUGUGGUCAAUAUCACCCUCACUGAUGUCAAUGACAACCCUCCCCGCUUCAUUCAGAGUAAGACAACGCUUCUGAAGCAGACUGCAUUUAAGUACUCUAUCGACCGUCGGACUGACAUGGACCGCCUGUUCAAUGUGCAUCCAGGGAAUGGAUCUGUGUUUCUGCUCAAAAGCCUGGACAGAGAGGAGUCUGCCUGGCAUAAUAUUUCAAUCAUAGCUACUGAGUUCAAUAAUCCCCGUCAGAGCAGCCAUGUUCCGGUCUACAUCCACCUGCUGGACAUCAACGACAACGCUCCCACCUUUGCCACUGUGUAUGAAACCUUUGUCUGUGAGAAGACUAAGGCUGGUCAGUGUUACAGGUACUCUAUCGACCGUCGGACUGACAUGGACCGCCUGUUCAAUGUGCAUCCAGGGAAUGGAUCUGUGUUUCUGCUCAAAAGCCUGGACAGAGAGGAGUCUGCCUGGCAUAAUAUUUCAAUCAUAGCUACUGAGUUCAAUAAUCCCCGUCAGAGCAGCCAUGUUCCGGUCUACAUCCACCUGCUGGACAUCAACGACAACGCUCCCACCUUUGCCACUGUGUAUGAAACCUUUGUCUGUGAGAAGACUAAGGCUGGUCAGCGGAUCCAGACAGUGAGUGCAGUCGAUGCUGAUGAGCCGUCAACAGGACACAAGUUUUUCUUUAGCCUGGCUCCUGAGGGGACCCACCGCAGCAACUUCACAGUCCGAGACAAUGGAGAUAACACCGCUGGCAUCCUGACACGUCGAUCUAGCUACAGCCGUCUUCACCAGAGCAUCUACCUGGUUCCCGUGGUGAUCACCGAUGGAGACUACCCCAUGCAGAGCAGCACAGGCACCCUCACUGUGAGGGUGUGCACCUGUGACCGUGAAGGCAACAUGGAACUGUGUAAUGCAGAGGCUCUGAGCAGCUCUCCUGGUCUCAGCACCGGAGCUCUCAUUGCCAUCCUCUUGUGUGCCAUCAUACUGCUGAGUAAGUAUGGGAAAAUGCACAGUCUUUGUUUGUGUGUAUCACAGACCAAAUAAAAUGAUUGUCUGGGCUUAUUACAGUCCUUAUUACAGCCAUACAUACCAUUUUAGACUUUGGACUAUUGUUUGACAGUUCAGAGUAUACUAUUAAUGAAUAAGUAGGAAAAAUA